CGCGGCCACGACCCAUGCCAGCGAUAGGCAUCGACCUGGGCACCACCUUCUCGUGCGUGGCCGUAUGGUACCAGGGGAAGGUGGAGAUCAUCGCCAACGGGAUGGGGUACAGGACCACCCCGAGCUACGUUGCCUUCACGGGCCAGGAGCGCCUGGUGGGCGACCCCGCCAAGAGCCAGGCCGCCGCCAACCCCACCAACACCGUGUUCGACGCAAAGCGCCUCAUCGGCCGCCGCUUCAACGACGCCAAGGUGCAGGAGGACAUCCAAAAGUGGCCCUUCAAGGUGGUGAACCAAAACGGCGCGCCGGCCAUCGAGGUGCAGGACAUGGGCCGCACCAGGAAGCUGUCCCCCGUGGAGGUCAGCGCCAUGGUGCUGUCCCACAUGAAGGACAUCGCGCAGACCUUCCUCGGCGCCAAGGUCACGGACGCGGUGGUGACGGUGCCCGCGUACUUCAACGACGCCCAGCGGCAGGCGACCAAGGACGCGGGCACGGUGGCGGGGCUGAGCGUGCUGCGGGUGCUCAACGAGCCCACGGCCGCGGCCCUCGCCUACGGCCAGCUCAUGGACACGCGCACCACCAGGAACGUCCUCAUCUACGACCUGGGCGGCGGCACCCUCGACGUGUCCCUGCUCACCGUCAGGGAGGGCCUGCACUUCGAGGUGCAGUCCACGGCGGGCAACACGCACCUCGGCGGCCGGGACUUCGACAACCUGCUCGUGCAGCACCUGGCCGACGUGUUCCUGCGCAAGCACCACCGCGACGUCAGGGGCAACCCGAGGGCCAUGGGGCGGCUGCGGGCAGUGGCGGAGAAGGCCAAGCACAACCUCAGCUUCAGCACGGAGGUCAACAUCGAGGUGGACGUACUGCUGGACGGCAUCGACUUUCACACGCGGGUGUCGCGCGCGCGCUUCGAAGACCUGUGCUCCGCGCUGUUCCUGGACACGCUGGAGCCCGUCAAGAGAGCCCUGGAGGACGCCAAGCUCACCAAAGAGGAGGUGCACGACGUUGUGCUUGUGGGCGGGUCCACCCGGAUCCCAAAAGUGCAGCACAUCCUGCAGCAGUUCUUCGACGGCAAGCAGCUCAACCUCAGCAUCAACCCGGACGAGGCCGUGGCGCAGGGCGCCGCCGUCCAGGCGGCGAUCCUGGUGAAGGACGAGUCGUGGGUGAUCCGCAACCUGGUGCUGCGCGACGUGAUCCCGCUGUCGCUGGGCAUCGGGCUGGAGGACGGCGGCAUGAAGCGCAUCGUGGAGCGCAACUCCAGGAUCCCCUGCCAGCGCCAGGGCGGCACCAAGACCUGCGUCGACAACCAGUCCAGCGUGCUGUUCGAGGUGUACGAGGGCGAGCGGCCGCUGGUGCGCGACAACAACCUGCUGGGGUCGUACGUCAUCGACAACAUCCCCGCCGGGCCGCGGGGCGCCGUCAAGUUCGACACCACGUUCUCCAUCGACGCGGACGGCAUCCUCACCGUGGCGAGCCGCGAGCGCAAGACCGGAGUGUCGCAGCGCAUCACCAUCGGCAGCGACCAGCACCGCCUGUCGCGCCAGGAGGUGCAGGCCAUGCUGCGGGAGGCGGAGCUGUACCGGGCGCAGGACGAGCGCCAGCGCCGCCGCCUGGAGUGCCGUCGGAAGCUCGAGAACCUGGCGUACUGCGUGAAGCAGGCCCUGCUGGAGGGGCCGCCCCAUGGGCCACCCCAUGGGCCACCCCAUGGGCCCCUCGGGCGCGCGGAGGCGCUGUCUCUGGCGCUGGUGAAGGCCGGGGCCGCGGCCGGGGCGGGGGCCGUGGACACGCCCGAGGAGCCCCCGGAGGCCCCGGCCGAGGUCCUGGCUGGAGCUGGGCGACUGUCGGCGGAGGAGAGGGCGGCGGCAGAGCGCGCUUUCCGGGAGGCCCUGGACUGGCUGGAGGGGGAGCAGACCCAGGUGGACGAGGAGGAGUACGAGAGCCGCUACCAGAGGCUGCGGGCGGUGUGGAAGACGUUCAAGUCAGAGAGCGCCGAGCCAGGCCGUCAGCCGCCGUGAACGCCCCCGCCGCCCCCGCCGCCGUUCUCGGAUGAUCUGCCGAUUCUCCUCCACCUCACGAAUCUGACACUCCUCGCCUCGGCGUCAGCAUUCCGGCGCACAGGCACACAUCACAAGGGGACACCACGGAGGAGCUGUAUUGUUCGAAAAGUAAUCGAGACUGCCGACCGCGCCAAAAUCAGCUCGCUCCAUCUGUGCAAAGUUCAUCGCGACCAGGCCCAAAAUAAAUUGAGUGUCACAUUC